AUGUCUACCACGCCCACCCCCGCCGAAGACCAGGGCCGGCUUCUUGAAGAGGCUCUGGGAGUGGUACGACAACAGUCGCAUAUGAUGCGAAAAUGCCUCGAAACACCUGGCAAGCUCAUGGACGCUUUGAAAUGCGCAUCGACGUUUGUAUCAGAGCUACGCACGUCAAGUCUGGGACCAAAACAAUACUAUGAGUUAUACAUGGCCGUUUUUGAUGCAUUGCGACAUCUCUCCGUCUAUCUGCGCGAAAGCCAUCCGGUCAACCACCUCGCGGACCUGUACGAACUGGUCCAGUACGCCGGUAACAUAAUACCACGUCUGUAUCUUAUGAUCACUGUGGGAACAGUCUAUAUGUCAAUUGAAGAUGCCCCCGUCAAGGAGAUCAUGAAGGAUAUGAUGGAAAUGAGUCGUGGUGUUCAGCACCCCGUUCGCGGAUUAUUCCUGAGAUAUUACCUAUCAGGCCAGGCAAGAGAUCAUCUACCGGAAGGUACUGGUGACGGUCCACAAGGGAAUAUCCAAGACUCGAUCAGUUUUGUGUUGACCAACUUCGUCGAAAUGAAUAAGCUUUGGGUUCGGUUACAGCACCAGGGCCAUUCUCGGGAGCGUGAGAAGAGAAUGCAAGAACGAAAGGAGUUGGAACUGCUCGUGGGAAGCAAUAUUGUUAGAUUGAGCCAAUUGGUGGAUUUGGAAACCUACAAAAACACCAUCUUGCCGCCUUUGUUGGAGCAAGUUGUUCAAUGCCGGGAUGUGUUGGCGCAGGAAUAUUUACUGGAAGUUAUCACAAAGGUCUUCCCGGACGAAUAUCACCUUCACACUUUGGAUCUAUUACUCUCAAAUAUUGCUCGCCUGAAUCCGUAUGUUGAUAUGAAGAAGAUAGUUAUCGGUCUCAUGGAUCGACUCUCUUCGUAUGCCAUUAAGGAUACAGACCAGACAGACGAUCCGUCAAAGAAAAAGGAACAAGAAGAGGAAGCAGUUGCAAAACUGCUAGAGAACUUCAAGUUAGCGGAGGAGAAGAAGCCCGAGAGACCCAGGGUAGAACAGACCCAGGAGAAUGGUGCUGUAUCCGAGGAACCGACUGCUGCACCGGAAAGCAGCAAAUCGCCUGAAGAGCAAGACACCAAUGGAGUUGAAGUACCGGUGGAGACCAAGCUCUUCGAAACUUUCUACGAGCAAGUUGUGAACCUGAUCAAAUCGAGAGGUUUGCCCAUUCAAGACACAAUCGCCCUGCUGGUGUCUCUAAUUAACCUUGCUCUGAACAUCUAUCCAGAGAAACUCGAAUAUGUUGAUCAAGUAUUAGAUUAUGCAUCUCAGAAAGUGGCUGAACAUGCGGAUCAGGCUGAUUUACACUCGGCGCCAGCCCAGCAAAAUUUGCUGAAUUUACUUCUCGCUCCGGUUCGGCUAUACGUUUCAAUAUUCACAGCCCUUGCAUUGCCUCACUACGUCCCACUCCUGACUUCUCAGUCAUAUCCUACACGUAGAGCUGUUGCAACAGAAGUCAUUAAGAAUAUACUCACGAACAAAACUCCUAUCACAAGCUCAGAGAACCUGGAUAGAAUUCUUCAAGUUCUUAAAGUUUUGAUCAAAGAGGGAGCACCUCAUCCUGCAGGAUAUCCCGGUGUUCAUCCCCAGCGACGAGGUGAGACGGACGAGACAAUCGAGGAACAAGGGUGGUUGGCACGAUUGGUGCAUCUUAUCAAAGGACCAGACAAUGAUACACAACUCAAGCUUUUGCAAGCAAUCAGGACUGCUUAUGCAGAAGGAAAUGAACGGGUUAGAUACACAACUCCUGCGAUAAUUACAGUCUCGCUGCGUUUGGCUCGGCAGCUUAAAUCUCGAGAACACUACGACGAUAACUGGCAAUCUCAGUCCUCAACAUUACACCGGUUCAUGCACUCAUGUAUCAGCAAUCUCUACCAGCGAGUCAAUAGUCCUGGAUGCGCCGACUUGUCCUUGCGCCUGUUUAUAAUGUGUGGCGAAGUUGCUGACCAAACCGGUUUUGAGGAAGUUAGCUAUGAGUUCUUUGCACAAGCUUUCACUAUCUACGAGGAUGCUAUCAGUGAUUCUCGAGCACAGUUCCAAGCUGUCUGCAUCAUUGCUAGUGCUCUUCACAACUCCAGAGGCUUCUCGAAGGAGAAUUAUGAUACUCUGAUUACGAAAGUGGCAUUGCAUGGAAGCAAACUGCUGAAGAAGCCGGAUCAAUGCCGAGCUGUCUAUCUGGCCAGUCAUUUGUGGUGGGUGGUGGAAAAUUCUCAGAGGGAAGAAGAUCCAAAAACGCUCUACCGCGAUGGGAAACGUGUCCUCGAAUGUCUGCAACGUGCUCUUCGCGUUGCAGAUGCAUGUAUGGACACUGCUGUUUCCGUGGAACUCUUUGUGGAAAUCCUCAACAGAUACGUUUACUAUUUCGAUCAGCAAAAUGAGACUGUGACGACGAAGUACUUGAACGGGUUGAUUGAGUUGAUACACUCGAACCUACAAAGUAAUGAAGGAGAAGCGAAUCCCAGUCUCGAGAAUCCGAAACGUCAUUUCCAGCGUACACUUGAGUAUAUUCGAUCGAGGGAUUAUGAGGGUGUUGUGACGGAGGCGAGGCAGUAGUUAAUAGUUAUACGUGUAAUAUCUUUCUUAUGUCAUGUAUCAAAUGAAUAUACAGUAGCUACUCGUUAACGUUUUUUCGAAGUUUUGCGGCU